CGCUGCCGCACGGCAUUAUUCGCUGAACGUUGUUACGGGACAGCCGGCAUCCGACUACUGAACGGUCUUGUGUCAUCCUUCGAAUAACAAAUUAAAGAUGUCUGUCUCUGAAUUCAGACGGAAGAAGCUUCUCUACGUCUUCAACGUUUUCUUUGAUGUCAAUCAAAGCGGAACUAUUGAGAGGAAAGAUUUCGAGCUGGCGAUAGAAAAAGUGUGCAGUCUCCGCGGCUGGAAGCCUAGUGAUGCUAAACACUCCGAGACUCAUGAAGUCAUGAUCAAAAUUUGGGACGGACUUCGAAAACGGGCCGAUUCAAACCGCGAUGGUCAAGUCUCUGUAGACGAAUGGGUUUCCAUGUGGAACGACUACGCUCAGAAUCCUUCUGCUGCUUUGAAAUGGCAGCAGCAAUACUGUCACUUCAUGUUCCAACUUGAAGAUGCCAGCGCUGAUGGGACCAUCGACUGUGAUGAGUUCACCACUGUCUGCUCGUCAUACGGCAUUAAUCCUCAGGAAUGCAAGGCUGCGUUCGUGAAGAUGUCUAAGGGCAAGGAGAGCGUCUCCUGGGAGGAGUUCCAGGAACUUUGGAAGGAGUACUUUUCCACUGAGGACCCCAAUGCCCCAGGGAACUUCAUUUUUGGCAGGACCAGCUUCUAAAGGGCCAGAGGCUUAGGCAAUUUGAAUAUUUGACUUGGAGUCUCGGGUGUAGUUUAAACUAGCAUCACCCGUGUAAUCUCAUUUUAAUUUUGCGUGUGUGUUUCAGAAUGUAUUAGUAUUACCCUUGGGUGUUAUAAACUGGCCAUAACUUAAAAAAGUUUUGAAGAAAUUUACAAGUUACCAUUCGACUUUAAAAGAUAAAUCGUGAAAUCGUGAGGCUUACCAGAACUGUAAAACUGUGUAGUUUAUCUAAGUUUCUUUUAAAUUAUUGUCGACAUUUCCUUACAAAUCAAAUCACUGACAAAGAGAAAUCGUUAGAAAGUUGUAUCGUUAACAAACAGCUCUAGCCAACCAAUUUUUAAAGGAUUUGAAAACAGUUAACCCCAAAGAACAAAUCAUAACUGUAGGAUAAUUAUAGGAUAUUAUUUUAAUGAAAAGUUGUCAGCUAUGAUUGAUUACUAAGACACUAAUAAUUGUUCGUGUUAGUUGUCGCCUAAUGACCGGUUACAAUUUUUUAUUGAAAGUUAAUGGCUAGUUUUAUCGCCCUUGAAUCAAGUCUCUAGGCUCAUUAUUCUUAAAGCUCAAAUUAGAAUUUCCAAUUUUAGAUCUUAACAACGAAUAAUUGUCGUUAUUAAUAUUUCUUUUUAAGUAGAUUUAAAAUGACUGCCAUGGCAUUUACUGUUAUAUGUCCUUUAUGUAUUAUCCAAUUGUUUGUAUUUUAAAGUUUUACCAUUUAGUCCGCUACAUAGAACUAUUUAAUGUUUGUAU